GGGUUUCUUCAGCUUGAGCAGGAAAAGCGUACGCAGCCCAUUUACUAUACUCCUUGGUAUUCUUCAGGUUCUUGUCGAUCAGGAUCAUCCGCUCGGGUAUUGGAUCUUGCCAAGAAGGCUCGUUGUUCGUAUCUGCCGCGGCAGCAUCUACGUGGGUUGCUUCCAACACCUCUAGAUCCCUUUCAAGGAGAGUGAUUUGAUCUCAGAGAUAGAGUAACAGUCUAGCAUUUAGGUUGCCAUACCGGUGAAAGACCAUGAAGUCAUUGUCAGAUGUCAGUAAUACUGAAUACCCUCGGUACCCGAUAUCUUUCCAGUAUUUUGGGAAGAUCCACUGCGGAAGAUGUUCGUUACGAUGGUCCUACAGGUUAUAUCGGGAUUGGCGGUAUCUCCACGGUGUCCAUGAGCCUAUACCUUUGCGGCUCAAAGGUCCACUACCGGCAGUAAUGGAAGCUGUAACUUGGGCACAUCAAUCUGUCAGAAGCUGACAGUGGGUCAAUCUUGGGUUUCGAACCCGGAGCGAUGCACCUCUUCGGCUCGAACCAUCACUUCUCGACCAAGACUGAGAGACACCUUUGAAGAGUGAGCAGCAUUAGCUGUACUACUCUGCAACUUGUGGUUCUUACUGGAGACAUGGAGCUUGCAGCAAACGGAGUCCUGUUAUGCGGCAAAGGACAUUAGCAUUACUUGCAUGUACGGAUUGUUGAGGCUCUACGUGCUGGUCUAGGUAUUUGCUAGCCUAGACACCACAGAAUCUUCCUGCAUUCGGCUGUCGACAUUGAGCAAGGAGCAUGAUGGAGAGAAUUAGGAAGAGUAUCGGACAGUAAAAAGAUCGGCCACGU